AUGGAAAAGAGAUGCACCACAAUUAGAAGUAAUAAAUAUGUACUAAGCACUAUAUUAACAAAAAAAUAUAUUAUGGCACUGUUAUUACUUAUUCAGACAGCAUAUUCUCAUGUAGGAAUGUCAGAUGCAAAAGAGAUAGAUAAAAUGAUGUUAGGAAGCAAGAAUAAUAUAGCUAUAAACAGCAAUGGAGAUCUUUCUUCAAUAAAAGGAUACAUCUUACAUAAGUGUGGAUAUAUGCAAAAUCUAAGAUAUUACUUAUCGUAUAUAAUAGAGAUAGAGCCCGACUAUAUUGAAACGAAUACUACAACGCUUAAUAGAUGCACUCGGUAUUUACUAAAUUACAUAUACAAUUGCCCAGAAAGGUGCACAUAUCUAAGAGAAUUCAAUCAACAGCUAAUAAAUAUGUUCCCUUCAGAAAAAGGGCGUCUGUCCAUUGAGUCAGAGAGUUAUGACUCAUUUACUCGAUUUCUACGAGAGUGUAAAAACAAAUUGGAUGGUCUAUAUGUCUUAGCUUCUUUAUUUCUGCUCUCAGAAGGAGUAAAAAUGCCCAUUGAAAUAGUAAAUGGCCAUGACAAAAAAAAUAGUUUGAUUCUAAAGAAGAACGGAGAAUUUGGCUUCCGUAUUAACUUGCCUAUGAACAUAAUGAGCACAAGUGGAAACCUUGUCUACCAGCAGAAAACAGAAGACAUAGUGAACUUCUUCAAAAAUAGUGAAGAAGGAGAUUCUCUAAAAGUGCCGUGUAAUUUUUUAUUCCAUUACAGCUAUUAUGAGCUCUCAAAAGGAAACUUUCUCUUCGGCCCAAGGUUCCUUAUUCAGUCGUAUUUCUUUGAGUAUAUAGACACCGUAGAUAUGUAUAAGGAUUUUGUGGGUAUUGUUUAUGAAUUAAUUAAUGAACAAAUGCCAAUAAAUAUGCACUAUCCCAGCACAAAAGCCGAGAAAAAGGUAAUAAAUGCCUUUUACUGGAUUUUCAUAGAAAAAAGAAAUUCUUGGCGCAUAAAAACUCCUUAUUAUGUUGAAGAAAUCCUUAAAAUUGAGAACAUGUGGAAUAACACAGGCUCACAAACACCAUCUCUGCAUAAGGAAGUGCGGCCUAUGCACUCUCCUGCUCCUUCAUACAUUCGAAGAAAAGACAGAAAUGGUAUGACUGAGGACAACUAUAUUGAGAAAGUUCUUUUUGACCUGUUUGUUUGCUUUACUUUCAACCAGUAUAUCAAUAAGCACAGCACAAGCCACCUACCCAGUCCAUCCAGUCAGUUAAAAUUAUUUUUUGAUAAAAACAUACAUAAAAUACAAAAUGAAACCCCCACUCUGCACAGUGAAUGGUGCGAGGCUGUGGAUGCUCUGUCUAGUAAAGGUAUUUUUUAUACAGACAGCAAGAAACAAAUUGAGUUUGGAUUGCUAAACAUGCUAUUUUUCAUAGAAGAGCUUGCGGGCACCAACCAAGAACUAAGAAAUUCAAUUGCCUGUCUAUUAAUUAUAAUUAAUAGGAAACACAUAGAAAAGUCAGAUCAGACAGAAAUACAGAAUAAUUUAAAAAAUGUAUUUAAAUCUCUCUCUUUGAAUAAAAGUAUAGAGGUGGAGUGCAAAAAUCUUAAAUUAGAAAAAACUGAAAGUGGUAAACUAGAAAUAUUCACCGAGUGUAACACCCCCAUUGUGAUCACAUACAGUGAGUAUCCUUUUCAUAGCUACCGAUGUCUUGAAAUAGAAGUGCCCCACAUCACUUCUAAUUUUGUGCCUGCUUCAAGUGAUAACAGAGAUAUAUUUGACAUUAAAUACAUUGGGUCCGAGUUAUGGGAUAUUAUAACUCCUGAAAAGUCGCCAGAUGGUGAUGCCAAAUGGCAUAUUGAACAAUACAUAGAUAUUGAACAUGAUAAAAUUGCGCAUGCAAUAGACAGAGAAUAUAAUUUUAUAAAUAAAAUAGUAUAUUCUUUGCAUGAUGGAUACAACGGCAUUCCUAAUAGCUUAAUGCUUUGGGGGAGUCUGGAUUGCAUAAUGUACAAGGCUAAAAUUGUUGAAGUGUUUUUAAUUCACUCUAGUUAUGAAACUUUGAGUAUUACUAACCCUAUGGUGCAGUUUACAUCUAAACUUAUAGACAGUGUGCCACUAGAUGACCCGAGAGUAAGGAAGAUUAUGCUGCGCGGAUGUCUAUACAAUAAGAAUUUCGGGCUAUAUUACCCACAGAUUAAGUAUGAUGUAGAAGAAAUAUUAGAGCCAUACAUGGGAGUUACCUGCGUGCUAGGCAGUAUGGCAUUAAUUAAGCCCUUGUUUUCUUCUGAUAUACACCAUAAGGCGAUUGCAAACUCUUUUGUAUCUUUUGCCAACUUUCUUAAGAAGCAUAGAAGUAGUAGGGAAAGAUAUAUCAUCUUUGGGUCUAAUGACCUAUGCAGAAAGAUAAUUAAAGAAAAUUUGCGCUAUACAAUAAAAGAAGAAGAUAUGAAAUUCAUUCUAAACUCAAUACAAACAAAUACAGAUGUAACUGGUGAUUACUGCGCAGACAAUAUUUUUAUGGCGUGGCUUUUUCAUAUUGGAUCCUUAGAUGAAGAUAUACCCGUAAAAAUCACUAGGGCUGUUUAUGGCUAUAUAAAGUGUAAAAAUCUAACAGAAAAUAUCAAAAUUCUUUUACGGGCUGAGUGUAUUAAUUCUACAGUAAAGAAUGUUUUAAGUCUACUAAUACGCAAAAAAUCAAAAUUACUUGAGAGUGAUGAGCAUUUAUUUGGGGUGAUAGAAAAGUAUCAGAAGAUACUAGAUUUUGCCAAGAAGUUAAGUUCAUCUGAUUAG